GACAAGAAGCAGUGUCAGGAUGAUCGUCUUCUGGGUUACAUUGUUUUGUCUUCAUGAAGGAUACUCUCUGGUUCCAGUUAAAACUGUUCAGCUUGGUGAACCAGCAACCUUAACAUGUGCUAUUCCCAAAGAGCUCAGCAUUAGAGGAGUCAACUGGUACAAGCAGAGUGUCGGGGAUACUCUUAAAUUAAUAGUUACACUGUAUAAAUCUACAGUUGAUUUUGGUCCUGGAUUUUCGAGCUUAAGAUUUGGAGUAUACGAUGGUAAGAAUUUUACCAGCUUGACCAUUUUAAAGACAGUUCAAGAGGAUGAGGGACUCUAUCACUGUGCAAACACAGAAUGGAUUGGAACUACAUGGAGUGGGAUGUAUUUGUUAGUAAAAGGAAAAGCUCAGAGGACAUCAAACUUUGCAGUCAGUCAGUUGCUGAUAGAAUCAAAUCCAGUCCGUCCAGGAGACACAAUGACGCUCCAGUGUUCAGUCUUCUCUGACUCUGACAACAAGACGUGUCCAGGAGGUCUCAAUAUUCUCUGGGUCAGAGAGGGAUCAGAUAAAUCUCAACCAAACAUCAUCUACACUGACAGAAACAGAAGUAAUGAAUGUGAGAAAAGGUCUGACCAUCAGAAGACAUGUGUUUAUCGCUUCUCUAAGAACGUCAGCUCCUCUGAUGCUGGGACUUACUACUGUGCUGUGGCCACAUGUGGGGAGAUAUUAUUUGGAAAUGGAGCUAAACUAGAUAUCCAAGUGUUACCCACACAGUCAGCAUUUAAUCAGCUGACAAUAUUAAUAGUAUUUUUGGCAAUUUCUGUCAUUGGAAACGUCUUCCUCAUCUGCAAUCGAAGAGUAUGUAAAAAACUUCAAAGAAAAGAAAGUGCUAUAGCAUAUGCACAAACUGACACCUCAUGCCAACCAACUGUCGUUGAUGAAGAACUAAACUACGCUGCGCUGAAUUUCUCUGAAAGAAAAACAAGAGGAAGAAGGAAGCGAGAGUGUGCUGAAGACAGUGUCUACUCUCAUGUUAAAUGCUGAUGUUAAUAACGAUGUUUAGCAUCUCCUGAAAUUAAAAUUGAUCCUGACAUCUUGUUUUUGUUUGGGUUUUUUUAUUAAUAUUUAAAGGUUGACAGUUAAUUUUCAAUCUUGCUGAAAAUACUUGGACUGCCAAAACCUUAAACUUAGUUGUGUUGCAUUUCUGGCAUUCUUGAGUUUUAAUUGUAUGAACUGUUUUGUAGUCGUGCUUUCUGGAAUAAAUAAAUAUAC